UUUAAUUUUAAUUCCAGAAUUUGUAGGUGGAUAGAUGAUGAAGAAGAUAAGAUAAAAUUAUCGGGAAAAACGAGUUUUCAGUAUGUCAUACUUGACAUGAGUGCUGUUGGAAACAUUGAUACAAGCGGGAUUAGCAUGCUUGAGGAGGUUAAAAAGAUCAUCGAUAGAAGAGGCAUCAAGCUUGCAUUGGCCAACCCUGGUGGCGAGGUUAUGAAGAAGCUGAACAAGUCCAAAUUCAUAGAAACAAUAGGCCAAGAAUGGAUUUUCUUGACAGUGGGAGAGGCUGUUGGAGCCUGCAAUUACAUGCUUCACACUUGCAAACCAAAUUUGGCUUCUUCUGAUGACCUAAAGAAAUAUAGCAGCAGUGUGUAAUUUUUUGACCUGUUUGUAGAGCAAAAGCUUCACAGGUUAUUAAAAAAUAUGUAAAAUCAGGAACUUAUUUGUGAAGGGCCAAAGCAUGUUCUUGAAUAAAUUAAGAAAAGAAGAGUUUUCGACUAA